AUGACCUGUACCUAUGAGUUGGGUAUUAUUGCUACAAGUUUCCCUGAUGCACCUGAAGGCAGCAUAAUAACUCUGGAGCUACAGGUGAAUAUCUCACUGGAUGAUGGGCGAUCUCUGGGUUUGAUGAUCCGUGGAGGUGCUGAGUAUGCUCUGGGCAUCUAUAUAACCGGAGUGGACCAAGGGUCUGCUGCAGAGUACAGCAGACUAAAGGUAGGGGAUCAGAUUCUGGAGGUCAAUGGACGUAGUUUCCGGAGCAUUUCUCAUAACGAGGCAGUGCAGAUCUUGAAGAAUUCCUGCCACAUGCUGAUGACCAUAAAGGAUGUGGGGCGGCUGCCUCACGCGCGCACUGUGGUGGAUGAGACCAAAUGGAUUCCCAGUGCACAGAUCGCUGAGAGCUCAGCCAAUAGCAACACCCAGAGUGUUCUGCCUGUUGAUGUUGGAGCAGGAAGUUCAGGAAAGUCAAUCUGUUGUAAAGGUGUUGUACCAGCAGUUGGAGCGGUAUGCACAGGAGCCUGGAGCUCACUGGAGGAGCAGGCAUACAUGCUUCUGACAGAGACAGAGAGACAGACCAUGAGCUAUUACAUUCAAGAGUACCAGCGUGGACACAUCGGGGUAGAGCCUCUGGCCAUGGCCCUGUUUGAACUCUUCAACACACAUGCCAAGCUGUCCUUGCUUGCUGAGGUGCGGACUCUGAUCGCUCCGCAGGAUCUAGAGCGAUUCGACGGGCAAGUGUUACAUCGCGAGAUGGAGGCAUGGAGAGCUCGGCAAGGCCCGAGCGGCCUCCUGCACCCAGACUCUAUCUGCGUCACCCAACCAGAGGGCCACAUUCCUGCUGCCUGCCAGCUGACCACUGCAGUCCCCAGCUACAACAAGGCACGUGGCUUUGCGUGCAUCAUUUGGUGUUGUGCAGUGCUGUGA